CAGCGCUGAGAAGCGAGCUGUCAGAGAAAUAUUGUAACCUUCUGAGAAGCAACACCUGGAAAGGAAGUGGAAAAAUAACUUUUUGGUGCACGAUUUAUACGGCUGUAGACCGGAAUGAUGGAUACAGUGCUAUCCAACGGACACAAGGAGAACAACAUGGUUGAUGGUGGCUAUUUCAAAAAGGGCUGUAACCCCUUUGCACAGACGGGACGAAGCAAGCAGCAGAAUGAGCGUGUCUCUCUGAACCAGCAGAUCAUUAAGGAGAUGCGAAUGAGGGCCGGUGCUGAAAACCUUCUGCGGGCAACUACAAACAGCAAGGUGCGGGAGAUGGUGGUGCUGGAGCUGAGCUAUGUCAACUCCAACCUGCAGCUUUUAAUGGAGCAUCUGGAAGGCCUCAACAGCUCAGUGGAAAUCUAUCAGAAUGUAGAAGAAACUUCCAGCCUUCCUCUAAUUCCUCUGGGUCUAAAAGAGACAAAAGAAGCAGAUUUUUCAGUUCCUUUUAAGGACUUUAUAUUGGAGCACUACAGUGAAGAUAGCUCAAGUUAUGAAGAUACAAUUGCAGAUCUUAUGGAUCUACGAAAGGCCUGUCGAACUCCAAGCAGAAACGAAGCUGGCAUCGAUCUGCUGAGCAGCUAUUUCAGUCAGCUCAGUUUUGUGGAAAACAGAUUCUUCCCACCCAGCAGGCAGAUGGGGAUUUUCUUCACAUGGUACGACUCCUUCACAGGAGUGCCAGUAUGCCAGCAGAACAUCGCCUUGGAGAAAGCAAGCAUGCUCUUCAACAUCGGAGCUCUCUACACACAAAUAGCUACGCGCUGCAAUCGGCAAAACCAGUCUGGACUGGAGAAUGCCAUUGAUGCCUUUCAGAAAGCUGCAGGCACACUGAAUCACCUAAAGGAGACCUUCACACACACCCCCAGCUAUGACAUGAGCCCUGCCAUGCUGAGCAUGCUCACCAGGAUGAUGCUGGCACAGGCACAGGAGUGUGUGUUCGAUAAGAUCGCACUGCCUGGCAUCAAGAACGAGUACUUCUGUCUCUGCAGAAUGGCACAGGAAGCAGCCAAGGUGUGUGAUGUGUAUAGUCUGGUAUACCAGUCGAUGAUCCAGACUCCAGUUAAGGACCACGUCCCCUUCUUCUGGUCAGCCAUGGCACAGGUGAAGACGAAUCACUACAGAGCUCUAGCACAUUACUUUGUGGCCACUGCACUGCUGGAUCAUGAGUUGUGUCCCAAUGACGAUGAGGACAAGCAUGAAAAAGCCUUGUCCCAGCUCUAUGACAGCAUGCCUGAUGGGACGUCAUCACUGAAAAUACUCAAGAGCAAGGAUGACCGCAGACACUUAGGCAAGGCUCACUUACGGAAAGCCAUCCUGGACCAUGAAGAGGCUUUGAGGAUACACAACUUGUGUAGACACGUGAAAAAGCUGGAUAUCCUGCUUGAGAUUCUGCAGGCCGGGCAUAAGCGAUCAUUAAACAAGUAUUCUGAAUUCGAUUCUGAGAAUGACUUUGUAGAUUUCAUUGAAGCACCUCACAUCAUCGCCAAAACAGAGCAAAAAGCUGAAAUGGCAGUACCUUCCACAUCAAAGGUGAAAGUCACAGACUUUUUCCAAAAGCUGGGCCCCCUGACAUUGUUCACAGCUAAGCAGAGGUGGACAGCCCCUCGUGGGGUGCACAUCACCCCACAGGACAGGGACCUCGGCUUCACGCUGAAGGGAGAUGCGCCGGUACAGAUCCAGUCCUUGGACCCGCUGAGUCCUGCGGCUAUAGAAGGAGUGAAGGAAGGAGACUACAUUGUUUCAAUUCAGGAUACAGACUGCAAGUGGCUGGGGGUGAGCGAAGUCAUGAAGAUAUUAAAGAAUGUUGGAGAUGAGGGCGUGGAUAUUCAAGUCAUCAGCCUCAUAGAAAACACAGUCUCCUCUAUGCCUAACAAGAGCGCCACCUACUGUGGAGGACUACCAAAGACCUACUCAAUGAUCUGCCUCGCCACGGACGAUGACAAGAUUGACAAAACGCAGAAAGUUACCAAGAAGCUGUCCUUCCUGAGUUGGGGCAACAAGAACAAACAGAAUACCGACAGCACUAUCAGCCCGCCCUCAGCCACCGCUAAAACCUUACCUUCCAAAAACAGACUAUCCAUAGCCUUCAGGAACACGGACAGCUCUCUGUAUUAGCAGCUUGCAGAGUUUCAGAGACUGAUUUAGGAGUAUAACUGAUGCUGCAUUGUAUUUGAACUAUAUUGAACAAUAUAAUAUUCAUUUUUUUCAUGCUUUUUACAAAAAAACUAAAACAUUGCACAUUUUUAGAGCUGUAGCAAUGUCAGUACCGGUAUUAAUAUUUUUUUGUUUUGUUUUGUUUUAAAAGUGCUGCUUGCUAGUUUAUAAUGAGUCGUCUUGUAUUACAAAUGGUAAACUGGAAAAAGGGCCUUGUUUAAAUUGUACAGUUCACUUCAGAAUAAAUCGUCCCUCUUUAGAAUAGAAAUUAAUCAAAAACAUAAGGGAAUGUAAAAAUAUGAAGUUUGACAAGUUUUUGUAAAAGACCAAACUCGAAACUUAUCCUGCUGCUGAUUUUGAAGGAUUUGUGUAUUGUAUAACUUUAUUUGCUUGUUAGACACAAUUGAAUUGUAUAUAUUGUAGUAUUACAUCAGUUGUUUGUCAAUAGUAGCCUCAGGUUUAGAAUAGACCCAUAAUGGUAAAGGGUUAGGGGCCCAAUUAACAAUACUGUUAACCCACACUUUCUUUAAGAGUGCUAAGGGCUAACAAAUAAUUUGCAGAGGAAUAAAAGAUUUUUCAAUGAAAUAGUCUAAUAGAACAAUGGCUACAUCCUGCAGUCAAAUCGCUAUUCACGCAAACUAAAUAUUGUGAGACAAGUAUGUGUUCAGAAUAUGAUGCAUAAUGUGAUAAGGCACAAGUUGUUUCUUGUGUUUUUAAACCAUUGUUUAAUCUCUCUCUGAAAAGGACACCAUUUAGAGCUUUCGGUCGAACAACUAAUACUGAUUAGGGAAAUUAGCAGUGCAGUAGUACCUUCCAAAAAUCCUAUUAUCCAUAAACAGGGUUUAGAAAAAAUGGCAAUGUGUGUUAAGUUUAGUAAUAGGGCCCAAACUGCUUUAGAUGGUCAAGUACUCACACUUUUUUUUUUUUUAACACUGCGCAGUGUGUUAGUCUUAUGCUGUCCACAAGGCUAGAUUCCAAUUUACACUAUGUUUGAUAUAUCAUUAUGGAUAAAAUUGUACUUAAAAAAAAAAAAAAUAUAUAUAUAUAUAUAUAUAUAUAAUACUGCAAUGUGUAAAUAAUAAAACCUAGUUUUAGAUUUGUAAUAUGUGGUUCUCUGUUGUGUACGGUACAUAGGAUGAAUACAUACCACUUUCUGUUUACUACAGUAUUUAAGAAAGAAGUUCGAUGUGCAUGGUCUAGAAUUGGUUCCCAUAUUUUGAGUUCCUGCUCUGUAAGGAUAUUUUAAAAUGUUGUCAUGGUAACUGUUACCAUUUUGUAUUAUUGUUAUUUUUUAUCAAUUAGAGUCCUUGCUUCACAAAGUGCUUUAACUCAACUCAUUUAAAGAAUUGUUUUAUUAACAAAGUAGUUUAUAUUUCAUGAAACUUUUAUACACUGUUGUAUGCUUCUUGAACAACAAUUAUAUUCAUGGAAUAACUAGUGAGUUAAAGCAUUAUGAAUAGGGACUUUUCUGUUGUGAUUUAUGUGUGGGUGUUUUGUAUGUAGUUAGGACUAGUUUUAAAAAGGACAAUAGGAAGUAAUGUUAAAGGAAGCAUUUUAUGACUCGGAGUAAAAAUAAUCCUUUUGCUGCCUUUUUCUAGGCUAGCUAGUGCGAUUUAAAAACCAGAGCCAAACAUAUGAACACGUCAUAUAUAAUGAUUGUUUUAUCAAUUUAUUGAUAUAUCAUUUGGGGAUUAAGUACACGGUUCCUAAAUGUUACCCAUUGUGAUCAACUGGUAGCUUUGACAUGAAUGAGGGUCAGGAACUUGUAUGCUUCGAGUCCACCAGACUGGAAAGAGAUGUGAUGGUUGAUUCUGCCAUCUGGUUAGAACCAAAGGAACUACAUUUGAUGCCAACACAUACAAAGGGUGUCACAUUAUGGGGUUAAUUGAUAGGAAAAAAUAAUAGUAAAUGUACACAAUAUGCACAUGUAGGAACACUGCACCUAGAACAUUUGUGUUUGUUUAUAUACGUAGACUUGCCUCUUUGAAAAAGUGCCAACAGCUGACAGGGAUGGUUGUCAUAAUCUAAUCUUACCACAUUUACUAUAAGAAAAUGUAAGUAUUAAUGAAAAACUUUUUGCUGAUAUAGUAUAUAAAUGAUAUAUACAUUAUAAUCUGUGUAUCUCUGCUAUACAAAGACUCUACAGACUAAUGCAAAGGUUACGUUUCUAUUUCUAUAUAUUCUUCACCUGUGCCCUGGAGGAUUUUGCGUGUUAAUUAAACUGUUGAUCCAUGGGGUCGGUUUUCUUGGUACCUGUAUGAUUUUCUGUAUUAAUGAAAAGUUACUUUUAUUCAGGUGUGUUAGUGCUUUUAUGAAGAUUUUCAUCUAUUCAAUAAAAUCUAAAAAGCGACUGCA